AUGCGCCUUCUGAAGGCUGAAGCUGAUGGCCGUGUCGUCUUGAUAGAAUGUUUUCCGCCAAACAUACCCAAAUAUGCUAUCCUGUCCCACACGUGGGGCCCCCCCGACCAAGAGGUCACCUUCCAAGACAUCAGCGAUGGUACAGCGGCGAGCAAGAAGGAAUAUCGGAAGAUCAAGUUCUGUCAGAAGCAAACCGCCGCUGACGACUUGCAGUACUUCUGGAUAGAUACGUGCUGCAUUGACAAGACGAGCUCAGCGGAGUUGACCGAAGCGAUCAACUCCAUGUUCCAAUGGUAUAGAGAAGCGCAACAUUGUUACGUGUACUUGUCAGAUGUUUCAGCUGUAACCGACGACGGUAGGCAGCCCGAUCCUGCUUUACGGCUCUGGGAUACUCAGUUCCGCCAGAGUAACUGGUUUAAGCGCGGGUGGACGCUUCAGGAACUUCUUGCCCCUGGAUCGGUCAAGUUCUUCUCUGUACAAGGCGACAUUCUAGGGAACAGGAUGUCUUUGAAGAAUGUUAUCCAUACUGUGACUAAUAUUGAGGUGUCUGCACUUGAUGGCCGUCCGCUCUACGACUUCCCCGUGCACAAGAGACUGCAAUGGUCGAGCAGUCGCACGACUAUGAAAGAAGAAGAUGCGGCUUACUGCCUGCUUGGGAUCUUUGGCGUCUACCUUCCACUCAUCUACGGAGAAGGGAAGACAAGUGCGAUGAACCGAAUGCUAAAGGUGGUUGAAGAGAAAUUCGGACCCUCUAAUGACCUAUCUCCAACUCAGUCAUCCAACUUGUCAUUUGUAGCUCCGAUGUCAAUAGAAGAAGCUCAUAUACUAGUUCCAUUCGGACGAAACGACGAGUUUGUUGGUAGGGAGUCCGUUCUGCGAGAACUGGUUGUCAAGAUUCUGCCAAGUGGGAACAACAAGAACUGCCAACGGACGGUGCUCGAGGGACUUGGUGGCGUCGGAAAGACACAGAUCGCACUCGAAGCUGCAUACCGCGUUUUCGAACAGAGCCCGAACUGCUCUAUCUUCUGGGUCCCUGCUCUUUCGCUAGUGAUGUUCGAGAAUGCUUACAGAGAUAUUGGCGAAGCGCUGGGAACGCCUGGUAUGGAUGACGACAAUGCAGACAUUAAAGAACUAGUCAAGACUACGCUGGAAAGGAGCAAAGGAGAUUGGCUCUUGAUAAUCGAUAAUAUUGAUGAUAUUGGUUUGCUAACUAGAGACAAGGGUUUAAAGAGCUGCCUACCAUUCAAUCGGAAGGGGUCGAUACUCUUCACUACGCGCAAUCACGAAGUCGCUGUGCGACUUAACAUUUCCAAAAAACACACAUUCGUGGUUGAAAAGAUGAGUGAAGCGGAAGCUGUACAAUUGCUUCAGAACGAACUCAAGGAACGACAGUAUCGAGACACCCAGGCCACAAAAGACCUCGUUCAGCAUUUAGUGUUUCUACCUCUCGCGGUCAAGCAGGCAUCUGCCUAUAUGGCACGAACACGCAUCACGACAGCUGUAUAUCACAAGCUUUGUCGUGGAUCUGAUAACGCCCAGAUCAAGCUUCUCAAUACCGGGUUUGAGGAGCUACAACGAUACUCUGAUAACACAAACCCGAUCACCCUGACGUGGUUAAUCUCAUUUCAACAUUUAGCAGAGUCGUACCUACUGGCGAUAGAGUAUCUCAAGUUCGUAUGUCUACUAGCGGAGAAAGAUAUUCCAAUGUCUUUGCUACCGAUUGGCAAGGACGAGGAAGCACUUCCGGAAGCUAUUGGAAUCCUGGAAGGAUAUGCUUUUGUCUCGAUACAUGAGCAAGGCGACUCGUUUGAUAUGCACCGAUUGGUGCGACUAGUAACACGUAAUUGGAUUAAGAACGACUGGGAAGCAUAUUACGCAAAAGUGGUACAUCAGCUUGCUAAAGUGUACCCAGUUCCGAAGCAUGAUAAUCGACAAUUGUGGACAAGGUACAUGCCCCACGCUCAAGUGGCUAUCGAACUACAUCGCGAAUGCAUAGAUAAAAAAGCGGCAGCAGAUCUUCUUUUUGUUGUUGCAGAUAGCUACAAUGAACUUGGGAGGUAUAAAGAAGCAGAGCAGAUGCAUCGACAGACACUGGAGCUGACCAAGUCGGUGCUCGGUGGUGAGCAUCCGUCAACACUUAACAGCAUGAACAACCUGGCUCUUGUAUUUAACAGUCUAGGGAGGUAUAAAGAGGCAGAGCAGAUGCAUCGACAGACACUGGAGCUGACAAAGUCAGUGCUCGGUCUUGAGCAUCCGUCGACACUUGACAGCAUGAACAACCUGGCAAGUGUGCUUGGCAGCCUAGGGAGGUAUGAAGAGGCAGAGCAGAUGCAUCGACAAACACUGGAGCUGACCAAGUCGGUGCUCGGUGGUGAGCAUCCGUCGACACUUGACAGCAUGAACAACCUGGCAAGUGUGCUUGACAGCCUAGGGAGGUAUGAAGAAGCAGAGCAGAUGCAUCGACAGACACUGGAGCUGACCAAGUCGGUGCUCGGUGGUGAGCAUCCGUCGACACUUGACAGCAUGAACAACCUGGCAAGUGUGCUUGACAGCCUAGGGAGGUAUGAAGAGGCAGAGCAGAUGCAUCGACAGACACUGGAGCUGACCAAGUCGGUGCUCGGUGGUGAGCAUCCGUCGACACUUGACAGCAUGAACAACCUGGCAAGUGUGCUUGACAGCCUAGGGAGGUAUGAAGAAGCAGAGCAGAUGCAUCGACAGACACUGGAGCUGAACAAGUCGGUGCUCGGUGGUGAGCAUCCGUCGACACUAUCUAGCAUGAACAACCUGGCAAGUGUGCUUGGCAGCCUAGGGAGGUAUGAAGAAGCAGAGCAGAUGCAUCGACAGACACUGGAGCUGAAGAAGUCGGUGCUGGGUCCUGGCCACCCUUCCACCAUACGCAGCCGGAACAAUCUACAGAAUCUUCUAGACUCUAUUCAUGUUGGAGGUGAUGAUGAUCAGUCAACAAGUCCUAGCGAGUCGGAAGACGAAGGCGAAGGUGGUACGACCUUGUAA